UAGUGACCUGGACACGAGAUUAGGGCGAGACGACGCAGUCAAAAGUAAAGAAAACGCACCUUAAAACAAAGAUUCUAUUACGUAUCCGAAAGCGUUCAAGCUUGAAUUGCACACAGAAGGAUCCUUUGCCCUCAUUUAGUACAGCUACCCAUAAACCUUUGAUGCUUCGUCUCUGUCAAUCGCGACUGAUUAAAUCGAUUGGUCGAACAAACUUCAUUUGAAAUAGCGGUGUAGUUAACAAAAACAAAGGUACGAGAAGAGAAUUCUAGUUCGGCUUCUCAAUAAGGCUUUGAAAGAUAGAGGUAUGUUCGAUUCACAAGAGUUUUUUCCUCGUCUUGGAUAUGAGGUUCUUGUCAAGUCAAAGCAAAAAAGUAGGUUUUAUUAUUUCCGCUUCUGACUCUUUCCAUUUUUUUUCGAAAUGCCCUAGUCAGAUCAACAAGAAAUCGAUUUGACAUUCGCGCAGUUUGAGCAUACUGACAUCAAAAAAACAAUUAUAGCUAUAAUAAAUCAUGAUCCUUUAUUAGCAAGAGCACUGAAGAUGGAAUCAUUGGUUACAGAUCAACCAUGGACUGACUCAAUGUUGAACGUAACUAAAUUAGCUCUUUUUUUCACAUACAAUAUAAUAACCGAGGCCGCCAGGCCUAAAGGAGUGAUAAAAUGUUCCGAGGAGGGAACAUGAGAAUCUCUAUUUAUUUUUUUUACAAAAAAGGGAGUGGUCUUCUAUCUUCUCGGCUUCUUCUUGACUGGCUGAGAGUGGAUAGAAAGUCGGGAAUCUUUCCCUUUUUUAUCCCUAUAGGUUUUCAUUGAUCCAAGCUUCCUCUGUUCGUACAAAAGGAAAGGAUCCAGGAUGUUUUUGUGGAGUGCGCGGCUAUUUGCUUAUAUCUUCAUUUGGCCAAGUCCGUUCAUUCCUCACCCUUCGUGAUAGAGUUCUUGCUUUAUGUCCUUCCUCCCACUCCCAAUUGAUUCAUAGAUUCAGGAUUUUGAGCUCGUAUCAACUGGAAGACUCAGACUCCUGUUCUAUCCCCCGUCACCACUCUCUUUCCACUGAUGACUUCCCCGCACUAAAAAUCAUCCAGCUUUGUAGAACCUUUCAGAAGGGAUAGGACAGCCGCAACAAAGAGGGCCUUUCUCGCUGGGCGGCUAGCGCAUCAGAUUCGAAAGUGCUUUGCUUUGCUAAAUCUGUUGCUUAAAUAUAUAGAUAAGUUUUCUAAAUGAGAUUGAGUUCCAUCGGUACUGGUGGUACUGGACAAGCUCUCAGGGAAUAAUCUCCAGUUUAUACCCUUUUGCUAAAGAGGUACCCCUCCCUCCUUCACAACAUAAAAAAAAACCGGCAAGGAAUCGCUAUCGCUACUCCCUCUAUCCAAACCAUACCUGUUGUUAAUUGCUGUGUAUCAAGGCGAGCCGGUACCUUACGUGGAGGCUGCUUUAGAAAAAGCCUCUAGGGGGGUCCCGGCCCAUACCUACCAAGUUUCACUGAUCGCCCUAGCGAACUAAGUCCUUCCGUAGUAGGCCUAGUUUCACCUUCAAGAGAGUAACUAGCAAGAUCCACCAAAAAGACGGAACUACGGGUGAGAGAAGGAACUAUGAUAAAGCUUUAGUGGAGGUGCGCCUUCUUCCCUUCCGGCGAACAGAAAAGAGAGAUACGAAGGAGUAAUGAUGAAAGGUUGAUUGUUCGUAUGUUCAGUGAUGGCGAGCCUUCAACCAAUAAGAAAUACCUAAAAGAAGAUACGUAGGCCUUCAAUCAUGGUGCAAUGAAUAUCGUAGAUAGAGUGAUGGAAGAAGUUCGAUCUCAUAUAGCUAGCUGGAGUCUUUCCUUUUUCAAAGUGAAACAAUUUUCCUUUUACAUUGAGAUAUUGGAAUUGGAUUUUCUUUCACCACUACUAUCGUAACGCACAGAAAACACUGACGUUUCCGCUCGCUUUCAACCACUGCCACUUUACCUGAGCACUGUGACACAGUCGGUCAAGUAUUGAGUUUCUGCUAGUAUAUCAAGAACUUAUGAGAACUGAAAAGAAAAAAACUAGGCAAAGGAAUUCUCAAAGUUCAUUGAGUUAAGGGAGGACCAUUCGUGGGGGGUUCAUGGAAGAGUUGGGUUCGAUUCCCUUUAUACGCGAUGUGGCGAAAAAGACUGAUUCAACGAAAUACCGUGCCUGCAUUAAGAUUUAAAAUGUGUCGUCUACUUCCAGGAAAUGUUCGGAACAGAGAACUUUCUCUAAUCCAACGCCGCAUUCUCCGAAGAUUGAGGAACAAGAGGAGAUCCAUUAAAAGAAAUCUUUCCCAGAGAGAAAAUCUAAAUAGUAACAUCAAAUCACAAACUACACGAAAGUUGUCCCUUUAUUAUGGGGAUUUACCCAUAAGGGAGAUGCACAGAGGAAGAGAACGAACUUCAUAUAUCCCUUUUUUACUCAAUCAAGAAACAAGAUCGGAUGUGAUUCCGGUUUGUCUCCGUUUUAGUGACACUCUUCCUCAAGCAAGGCAGCCGAUAAGUCGUUGAAGGGUUUGUUUGAAUAAUGGACUGGUAACCAUUACUCAUUUGAAAGUUUCCCACGGUGAUCUAAUAUCUUUUCAAGAAAAUGACGCGAGAACCCGCGGUGAAGAAAUAAGGAGAUCUUUCUAUAUCGACAUAUCAGUUGGAAAAAUCAUAGGCAAAUUCCUACCGGUCAGAAUUUGGAGAAGAACAAAAACUGAAUGGUUCCGCUUACUCACAACUCAGAGGGGAUACCGCUUACUACUCAAAUCUGGGUUUUUGCAAGAGUUGCGUUCUUAUAUGCAAGAAGAAGACUUAGAAAGAACAAAGAAGUUUGGAUACGCAAAAGUAUGCUUAGGCAAUUCCUUCGCUGAGCACAACAGAAUGAAGAGGAAUUUGUUUCAUUUCAAAUACUUCUUCUUAUUGAAAAGAAGGAAGGAGGAAGAGGAAAACCGAAAAAGAGCAAUAAGUCCUUUUGUUUACAAGUCUUCUUUAUAUAGAAAUUCGACCUAUUGCUCUGGAUCCCCGUUUACUAGGAAGAUAAGAAUCAAAAGGAUCGAACUACCUACUCAUUAUUCGGAGGUGAAUCAUAGAACACUAAAAGCUGUGGUAUCUUAUGGACCUAACAUAGGUCACAUCCCUCACGACAUAAGAUUGAAAGAUCCAAACCUUCCUCUUCGGAGCGGAAACGGACGUGGCCAAAACAUAUAAAAAAAGAUCGGCCUAGUCGCUCAUAGGGACAUAUCUAUCCGGAUAGAGGAUAGUCUAGAUCAAUUUUUAGAAAAAUCUCUCUCUAUAUAGAUAGGUAUCUCUGUGGAUAGAGAUAAAGAUAGGGAUCCCUAUAAAUCAAAAUAUAUGGAAAAAGUGCACUUUUUGACUACUACUACUAUUUCUUAGACUUUUUCAAGGAAACAUCUUUUUUCGAUUUUGAUUGAAUUGGUCGGAGCGUAGACGAGCGAGCAGAGCCCAGGAAAGAGGUCAGAUCAUCAUAGAGCAGUCGACUAUAAGUAUAAGACUGCUGGCCUGAGAGAAGGCAGUCUCUCUCGGGAAACAUGGCCCAAUUUCUCUUCUUUCUUUUCACACGGGCAACAAUUGGGAAUAAAACAGACCAUGAACAUGAGUUUAAAAUGUAAAAAAAAGGUCUGAAAGACUUAUUCUUUUUUGAAAGGAGGAUAAGAGAAUUUCAAGAUUAUUUUAUGAUGUUAUUAUGUGUUAUUUACUACCUUUGGCUUUGGGAAAAGUUUUCUACUUUGGAAGUUCUUGACAAGUCCCAAGUGGAGGAGAUUAAGAGGUCAUUAAAGAAUUCUUCCUUUUAGUUCUCUUCGAUGUAUCGAUCAUGCAUUCCUAAACCACAUAAGCCGGGGGAGAUGCGCCCCAUUAGACAGCCUCAUAAGGCAGACAUCAUUGUCAUGGAUACGGCUUUUGAACAUCGUUUUUGAAGACAUCUUUCUAACGUACUCCCAUGGGUUUCGAAAAGGGAGAGGAGUCAUCCCCUUUUUCGCUCAUGUUCCAAAAUUGGGAAAGGUUGAUAGACUCAUUCAAGCAGAUAUAGUAGGUUAUUUUUUUAUUUUAAUAUUCAGAUUUGCAUUUCAACAUUAAGCGUGCAUAUUGGGCAAGGUAAUGAUGCCUUCUGUAAUCUGAUUGAAGCUAGUGAUAUCAAAGAUCAGAAUCGAAAAAGUUAUGCAUUCAUUUUUAAAGGAAUACAGCGGGUAAGCCCCUUAUCUCCAGUUCUUAAGAAUAUCUUCUUACAGAAACAUAUCAUGUUGAUUCAUAUUUUGAGUCAAAAGAAGGAAUUUCUUGUUGUUAUAUAUGCAGAUAACUUUGUAUUUGCUAUUAAGAAGGGGCCAGAGUCUGAAAGAGUAAGCCAAAGCUUCCAAACAGAUGUUGAAAGAGUCUUUGGCCGAGCUCAUACUCUUUUUAAAAAGCUUGGAACUCAUUCGCGAAGUCAGUAAACCCUGCUAUAACUAUAUUAGGAGUACUUGUCUCAAUUCACUCAGACGGACUUAUGAAGGCACCCAUGAAUAAAUUCCUCAGAAUGCCUUAAAAACAAAAUAGAAAAAAAAAUUACAAAACAAAAUGCUCAACCUUGAGGAAGUACUUCUCCCUAAGAUACAGACAUAUCUAGCUCUAUAUUGUUUUAGUCAAAAUGAGAAUGACGUCAUUGCAUACUUAAAAGACUUCUUUAGAUACAAAGUUAUAUAACAUUUCGGCAGUUAAAAAAAGAAAAAUAUCAGAAUCAAAGGAAGAAGGACAAAAUC